AGGUUGUGACGUCAUCUUCAUGCGCCUCACCAUGGACGCAGUUUUUGCCUAAGCAGCCGACAAAAAUCAACUGUCUGGACGUAGCGUUAUCUUGGAUCGUUUGUUCUGUAUUUUCUUUAGGAUGCCACUGCCACCGGCUUUAUUGGCCCGUCUUGCGAAGAGAGGGAUCUUGAAACAGUCAGAACAUGAAACGGAAGAGGAGAUCAUCGCUGAGGAUUAUGAUGAUAACGAUGUCGACUAUGAGGCCACCAGAGUAGAGAAUCUGCCAACCAACUGGUACAAAGUAUUUGACCCUGAUUGUGGCCUACCCUACUACUGGAAUGUAGAAACGGAUCUGGUGUCAUGGCUCUCCCCGAAUGACCCUGGUGCUGUUAUAACCAAAGCUGCAAAGAAGCAGAAAGGCGGUUCAGGAGACAUCAGAGAGGAGCGUCCAGGUGAAAAGAAUGACCGGGAGAAGGAGAGGGAGAGAGAACGAGAACGGGAGAGGGAACGGGAAAGAGAGAGGGAACGAGAGGAGGGGAGAGAGCGGGAGCGGCGAAUGCAGAGGAGAGAAGAUGCUGGCCCGUACAACAAACAAAAAAGAGGGAGAGAUCGCAAAGCAGAGGAGAUGGACCCUAUGGAUCCCAGUGCCUAUUCAGAUGCCCCGAGGGGCUCAUGGUCUACCGGCCUCCCCAAGCGUAACGAGGCAAAGACGGGCGCGGACACCACUGCGGCUGGGCCCCUCUUCCAGCAGCGUCCAUACCCCAGUCCUGGAGCCGUCCUGCGGGCCAACGCGGAGCUCGUCAAGCGGAAGUUGGAAGAGGAAGCAGCAGCAGCAGAAGAGGAGGAGGACGACGAUUGACCUGACCUCCGUACAGAUGGAGAUCCUGUGGAGAGGGAGAGCCUGAAGCCUGGACAACACCAUCCCCCACCCACCCCCACAAUCUGCUGUUCUGUAAACCUGCUCUGCAUCGCACCCUAGGGGUCAUAUGUAUACAUCACUUCACAAUCUGCUGUUCUCUAACCCUGUGGGGUAUACUAAGAAGCUGGUUCAGGAGUAAACCAGGUUAAGCUAAGAGGUAAAUCAUCUAAUAGAAGAGCCUAGAGUCCUCUUACUUUCUUAAUAAAAAGAGGACUGCAGGCACUUCUAUUAGAUGAUUUACCUCUUUACCUGGUUCUUAAGAAAAUAAGGACUCCAGGCUCUUCUAUUAUAUGAUUUACCUCUUUAACUUAGCCUGGUUUACUCCUGAACCAGCUUCUUAGUAUAGGCCCCAGGUCUGCAUCGGACCCUCUGCGUCAUCAGUGUACCAUUGGAAGGAGGGAAGAAGCCACUGCAGUGUAGCGUGUACAAAAAUGUCAAACUGUGAGUAAUGACUGGAGUCGAUUCAAGCUGAUCUUCACAUCCCAGGUCACACAAAGUCGUAUUGUACAUUACUAUGCGUGCCGAACUGGUUCACGUGAAGCGGCGUCCAGCUCUCUCAGUCCUUAUCCUCAUUACGUCCUCGUAAUUGUUCUAAUUAGACCCGUGAAGAGGAAGUAGUUGCUCUAAUCCAAUCAAAAUCCAUCCUGGCAUGUGGCGCUCUCCUCUCCCCUAUAAUAAUCUGCAUAGUUUUUUGUCCGCAUCAUAUGAGGCAUAUGGUGCAGGGCUAUAGCCUACUUCUGUCUCACUGCAAGGGGCUGUGUUCCAUGGGCUGUGGGCUAAGGCUUGGCAUGGCUGCUCUGCUCUCCUGGCCUGAGCAUCUGUGCCGUGGGGAGGGAGAGAGAGAGAGCGGCUUGUGUCCUCUGCUGCCUCUGAAGGUCUUUUGUGUUUUGCUUGUGUCAGCUUUGGGAGGCCCGUUGCAGAGAAUCUGAUUGAAUUAGCUGCUGUCCAGGUCACCUGGCACUGGCUCUCUUCCCUCAGACACAUGUGGGUGGGAUGGGA